AUGGGGCGUGGCGGGAGGUCACGCACUCAAAGAAAGCAUUUCCGUCAGAACAGAGAAAAUGUGUGGAAGCGUUCAAAAUCGGAUCCUGAUUCUUCCGACACCAAAAAUCCUCAUUGGACUCCGUUCUCCACUGAGAACCCUGCUUUCGAUGACUAUUACAAGGAGCAAGGGGUAGUGGAUCCUCAAGAAUGGGAUCAAUUUGUCACGGUUCUCAGAACUCCUUUGCCUGCAUCCUUUAGAAUCAAUUCUAGUAGCCAGUUCUCUGACGACAUUCGCUCCCAACUGGAGAAUGAAUUUGUGCAAUCUCUUCGUGCUGAGGUUGUUGAAGGAGGUGAGACAGAGGCUAUUAGGCCAUUGCCGUGGUAUCCUGGGAAUUUUGCUUGGCAUUCGAAUUUUUCUCGGAUGCAGCUCAGGAAGAACCAAACACUUGAGAGGUUCCAUGAAUUCUUAAAGCUAGAAAAUGAAAUUGGAAAUAUCACAAGACAGGAAGCUGUUAGUAUGGUGCCUCCCCUCUUCUUGGAUGUGCAUUCAGAUCAUUUUGUUCUUGAUAUGUGUGCUGCACCAGGUUCGAAAACAUUCCAAUUGCUUGAGAUCAUACACCAAUCAACUAAAGCAGGAUCACUACCUGAUGGAAUGGUUAUAGCAAAUGAUCUUGAUGUCCAAAGAUGUAAUCUUCUCAUCCACCAAACAAAACGUAUGUGCACGGCCAACCUAAUUGUUACUAAUCACGAAGCACAGAACUUCCCUGGAUGCCGUUUAAACAGGAAUUAUGAAAGGAUGGAGUCAGAUCAGAAGAUUGGCCAACUGUUAUUUGAUCGUGUUCUGUGUGAUGUCCCAUGCAGUGGAGAUGGUACCCUUCGUAAGGCACCUGAUCUAUGGAGGAAAUGGAACACAGGGAUGGGACAUGGGCUUCAUAGCCUACAAGUUUUAAUUGCUAUGCGAGGUAUAUCUUUACUUAAAAUUGGUGGAAGAAUGGUUUAUUCAACAUGCUCAAUGAACCCUAUUGAGAAUGAAGCUGUGAUUGCAGAGGUUUUGCAGAGGUGUGGAGGGUCUGUUAAACUUCUUGAUGUCUCUAGUGAGCUUCCGCAACUCAUUCGUCGGUCAGGUCUCAAGAGAUGGAAGGUAAAUGACAGGGGUACAUGGUUGGUCUCUUACAAAGAUGUUCCUAAGUUUCGUAGAAGUGUAAUUCUCCCCAGUAUGUUUCCUUCUGGCAAAAGCUAUCAGGAUCUUGUUGACAGUAAUUGUAAUGUUGACAUGGGAGAUGACAUUACUAACGGUGAUAAUGGAAAUGCUGAAGAUGGUAUUCAAGCAGUAGAGAAUCCUGUGAUGCCUGAGUCUGCUGAGGAAGUUUCUGAGUUUCCUCUAGAGCAUUGCAUGAGGAUAGUGCCUCAGGAUCAGAACACUGGAGCCUUCUUCAUUGCUGUACUGCAAAAAGUUUCCCCUCUGCCAGCAAUUCCGGAAAAACCUAAAAUAGAAAUUGAUGAGCAGUAUGUAGAACCAGCAGACCAGAGUCUGAAGGAUGCACAAGUACUGCAGAUUAAUUCAUUAGCAAGUGCACAUGAGGUCUUCGAAGCAGUUGCAGAGGAAAAUGUAAAUGACGAUGAACCCAAUACCGAAGAUUUGGAAGUCAGUCCUGUUACAUGUGAAGAACAGAAUGCCAAGGAAACUCAAGAGCCCCAUAAUAUACAAAACAUGGCAAAGAAGGUUCCAGGCAAAAGAAAGCUUCAAAUUCAAGGCAAAUGGAGAGGUGUUGACCCUGUUGUCUUUCUCAAAGAUGAAGCAAUCAUUAAUAGUAUAAGGGCUUUUUAUGGGAUCGAUGAGCAUUUUCCAUUCAACGGUCACCUUGUUACAAGAAACAAUGAUACAAGUCAUGUGAAAAGAAUUUACUAUAUUUCCAAGUCAGUCAAGGAUGUUCUUGAGUUGAACUUCUCAGGUGGGCAGCAACUUAAAAUAACUUCCAUUGGCCUGAAGAUGUUUGAAAGACAAACUGCACGAGAAGGUAGCUCUGCACCAUGUGCUUUUCGGAUAUCAUCUGAAGGAUUGCCCCUUAUUCUCCCAUACAUAACCAAACAGAUUCUACAUGCAUCUCCCGUAGAUUUCAAGCAUCUUCUGCAGAACAAAGACGUAAAAUUUGGGGAUUUUGUUGAUGCUGAGUUUGGUGAAAAGGCAGCAAAUCUAAUGCCAGGCUGUUGUGUGGUUGCUUUGGGUGAAGAGUCCCUCAAAGUGGAUAACUCAACAAUAGCCAUUGGAUGCUGGAGGGGUAGGGCGAGAUUGACCGUGAUGGUUACUGCAAUGGACUGCCAAGAACUACUUGAAAGGCUUUUAAUACGACUAGACACAGAAAAGGGCUCCUCGGGGCACAUCAACAAUUCCUCUAAUAAUGUGGGAAGUGAAGUACAGCCUGUAGAGGAGUUGAACGGUAAAAAUGAUGAUGAUGUGAAAGUUGCUGGCAGUCAGUGACUACUUAACUAUCUACUAAAAAAAAGAGUGACUACUUAACAGAUAUUUUUGCUAUUGCAUUUACAAAAAUGGUGAUUUUUUACUUCACCCAUGAAUCAUUAGUGAUAAAAUUGCUUGUUUUUGUAAUUCCGUCUAUGUCAUGUUUGUGUUUUCGUUUCAGUACGAGACAGUUUUACUCAAAAUAUGGUUUGAGACUAAAGGUGCUAUUCUCUAACGCA